UCUCAAUAAGUUGAUAAUAAAUUUAUAUAACAUAUAUAUAGGUAUUUAUAUAUAUUUAUUAGAAAGAUUUGCCAGAUACAAAUUAUUUCCAAAAUGCCCGGAAGAAGACACACAAAUCAGAUUAUAAAAAACACUUUUGGUUUAUCAAGGUUAACUAAACAACUUAAUAGACUUAAUUCUAUCUCAAAUGGUCCAUCUGCCUACAAAAUCGAUGCAAGUCGAAUUAAUUCAAUAAGUUUGUUAUUUAAAAAGGAUAAUAUUGGUGGUCAUAUGUCCUUGAGGAAGUUUUGGCACAACUAUUUACCAACUUUACAAUUCUACAAUCCUACCCUACCAAUAAAUGUUACAAGAGUUAAGAUUGGCACCAAAAAGGGUGAAAAAUUGGAGAAAUAUUAUUCAAAAGUGCCAUGUGAAUUAACUAUUAAAUUUAAAAAAGGCGACGAUAAAGUUAUUGACUGCAAAAACAAAAAUCCUGCAACUAUUUUCAAAGAAUUUGUUGAAACAACUAAGGCUACAAAAGUUCCCCAAGAUCAGUUAAUAACCAUACAACAUCCAUCUAAAAGACCUGUUUAUUGAUUUGAAAAUGAUAUCCAGUCUGGAUAUCAUAUCAUUUCACAUUAUCCAUUUCAUUUUUGGUUUUUCCCCUUGUUUCUUUGUAAAUAUGUCUUGAUAUAUGUUUGAAUAUAGAAAUUUUACAUAACUUAUAUUAAGUUUAUAGCGUUUUACAGUAGAAAAUACCUAUUAUCGGUUUACUAUAUAAAUAUAUACAAGAAUGGAAAUAAAUCAAGAAACGCCAAAUAUUUCACAAAACCUUUGGAGCUAAUGCAGCAAUUUUAUUAUAAUUCUUCAUUCUUACCUCUUUGGCAAUACAGCUACCGAUUCGGGUUCCAAUUGGAUCAUUGUUAUUCUU